AUGGCGCCCCCCGAAGAGAGACCCGGCGACUCCGUCCUCGGAAAACGUACUCGGGAGGGCCACGACGCCGAUUUAUCUUCAGAGGCGAAGGCCGCGGUCGCGGCGGUCAGCGAGGGCGCGGUGCCCAAGGAGGAGGAAGACUCGGACGACGACGACGUCGGGCCGAUGCCCAUGCCCGACAGCGGGAACGGGGCGGUGAAGAAGAAGCGCAAAGGUGCGUUGCUGCCGAAUGAACGCCUGUUCCUGGACCAUCUCCCCAGCGCGGACCGGUACUACAAGAGCUUCAUGCACCGCGACGUCGUCAACUUCAACAUCUUUACCAGGACGGAGUUCCUCAUCACGACAUCCGUGGACGGGCACAUCAAGUUCUGGAAGAAGCAGGAGCAGGGCAUCGAGUUCGUGAAGCACUACCGCGCGCACCUGUCCGCCGUCGCGGGCAUCUCCGCGAGCGCGGACGGGCAGCUCUUCGCGAGCAUCUCGGAGGACGGGCAGGCGAAGGUGUUCGACGUGAUCAACUUCGACAUGAUCAACAUGAUAAAGCUGGGCUACGCGCCGCACGCGUGCUGCUGGGUGCACCGGCGCGGGCAGGCGCAGGGGCUCCUCGCGGUCUCAGACGCGAAGACGGGCGUGAUCCGCCUGUACGACGGCCGGGGCGACGGCACGCCGCUGGAGACGAUCGACAAGCUGCACCGGUUCCCCGUGCACGUCAUGACGUACAGUGACAAGUACGACACUGUGGUGUCCGCGGAUGAGGGCGGGUUCAUCGAGUACUGGCAGCCGUCGGAGCCGUUCGAGAAGCCAGCUAACAUCCGCGGACUCUGGGGAUUCAAGACCGAGACGGACCUCUACGAGUUCAAAAAGGCAAAAGCCACCCCCACCUGCAUCACCCUCUCGCCCGACUCGUCCCACUUCGUCACCUUCUCCCUCCCCGACCGCCAGAUCCGCGUGUUCAGCUUCCUCUCGGGCAAGAUGACGCGCCGGUACGACGAGUCGCUCGCGGCGAUCCAGGAGAUGCAGCAGGCGGACACUGCGGUCUACAAGGUCGAGGACAUGGAGUUCGGGCGGCGGCUCGCGAUGGAGAAGGAAUUGGAGCUGGAGGGCUCGUCGGCGGGCCUGGAUGGGACGGGCGGGGAGAGGCCCGCCGCACGGUGGAUUAAUGCGGUGUGGGACGAGAGCGGGAAUUUUGUGCUUUAUCCGACGUUGCUUGGGAUUAAGGUGGUCAAUGUUGUCACGAAUCGAGUCGUGCGGUUGCUUGGCAAGGACGAGACUGUGAGAUGGAUGAACCUCACGUUGUACCAAGGCGCCCCGGCAAAGAAAGGUCGCACAACUGUGCAAAUGGCCGCCUCGGAUAACCCUUUGCUCGCGGAGAAAGCGAGUCGAGAUCCGACACUUGUUGCGACGGGCUACAAGCGUCAACGGUUCUAUAUCUUCUCUCGUUCGGAGCCAGAGGACGAGAAGUCUGGCGACCGCGACGUCUUCAACGAACGUCCUACCCUGGCCGAGCAAACGCUCUUUGCCACUCCAGCUCCUUCUGCACUCACGGGUCCCUCGAAACUCGCCAACGCAGCUACGAUACAUACGACGCUGGGCGACAUUCACAUGCGUCUUUUCCCCCAGUAUGCACCGAAGGCGGUGGAGAACUUCGUCGGGCAUUCGCGCAGCGGGUACUAUGAGGGAGUGCUCUUCCAUCGUGUUAUUCCCAAGUUCAUGAUCCAGACUGGAGACCCCCUCGGUGACGGGACUGGAGGCACUAGUAUAUGGGAUAGGGAGUUCGAAGACGAAUUCCAUGAUGAUCUCAAACAUGACAGACCGUACACUGUUAGUAUGGCUAACGCAGGACCUAAUACCAACGGAUCGCAGUUCUUCAUCACCACGACGGCGACACCUUGGUUGGACAAGAAGCAUACGAUAUUCGGACGCGUCUUGAGCGGUCUGGAGGUUGUUCAUGCUAUCGAGAACGUGAAGACGGACAAGCUGGAUAAGCCUUACGAGGAUAUCAAAAUCAUCAAUAUAGAUGUUGAAUAG